ACUCUGUGGUAUUAUGCAAAGACUACAGUGUGUAUAAGUCAUAGGUAUAAGUAUUAUGCGUAUUGUGUUGUGUAGUGUGGUAUGUUUAACAUUUAAUAAGUUUAAUUUAUUCACAGGCUCAUUCGGAUAAUUUUAAAAUGUCUAAUAAAAAGAAACUGUUUGAUGAUGAGUCAGAUGAAGAGGUAACAAUAAAAACUGAAAAUGAAUAUGCGAAAAAAUACGACACAUGGCGUGAAAAAGAAGAAAUACACAAACUGGAACAGAAGUAUGGUACUGAUGCACUGAACUCCGACGGUUCUUCUGACAGUGAAGAUGAGAGCGACGAUUCACUGGAAGUCAACGAGGAAACUGAAACGCAAUUUUUAAAAACUCUUGCGUUACUGAAAACUAAGGACCCUAGGAUCUAUGACCCUAAUUUCAAGUGUUUUGAAGAAGACAAGGACACGAAAUCUGUAGCAGAAAAAGAAUCCAAACCUCAAACAUUGACUUUUGAGGACAGUGAUGAAGAUGAUGAGCAAGAUGGUGACAUCUUCAAAAUAGAAAAGAAAGCUGAAAUAGGUGAUGAUACAGAAGAAAAAGAUGGAAUAGAGAGGAGCGAGAAAAAUAAAAAGGAGGGAAAGAUAAAGGAAUAUUUGACAGGGCAAGUGGAACACAUAGAGCAUGAGGUAGAGAGAGACCUGGCACCACUGAAAGCUCUCUGGUCUGAUCCCAAGCUUAAUGAUGGGGAGGCCUUUCUAAGAGAUUACAUAUUAAACAAAAGAUACUUAGAUGAAGGUGACAUAGGAGAGGCAGCUGAGAAAGUGCGGGAUGACUUGGAACUUGAAGCGGAUGAACAAACUGUAGAGGAACAGGCUAAGUUUGAGCGUGCCUACAACUUCCGCUUCGAGGAGCCUGACGAUCAAUAUUUGAAACGUUUCCCGCGCACCAUGAACUAUAUCCGUCCAAAAGACGACCGUCGGUCUCGCAAGCGCGCCGAGGUGCGCGCGCGGAAGGAAGAAGAGAAGAAGAGGAAGAUGGAAGAAAUCGCGCGGCUCAAGGCGCUCAAGCUGAAAGAAAUACAGGACAAGAUCAGCAAGAUUAAGGAGGUCACCGGCAACCAGGACCUCGCCUUCCGCGAGGAGGACAUAGAGGGAGAGUUCGACCCCAUGGAGCACGAUCGUCGCAUGCAGGCAUUGUUCGACGAACAAUUUUAUGGGGAAGUUGACCUCAUUAAGCCCACCUUCCCUGACCUCGAUGACGAUCUGGAGAUAGAAAAUUGGGAUAAUUAUGAUCCAAAUAAUGAAAAUAAUAAAUAUGAAGAUGGACCGCAUUGCGAAGACGACGAUUUUAACAUGGAUGCAGACUAUGACUCGAACAAGUCCAAAAAUAAUCUACAGGAAGCAAUCGAAAAGACUUUAGGAAAGAAACGAAGAAAUAGGAAACGUCAAUCAAAACUGUCCCAGCUUUUGGCGACAGAGAAACCAAAGUAUUUACCGUUAGCUGCAGACCGCUCUUACGCUCAACACAUGGAGGAAUAUUACAAGAUGGAUUGUGAAGACAUCGUGGCCGGAAUGCCCACCAGGUUUAAAUAUAGGGAGGUGGUGCCUAAUGAUUAUGGACUCACCAUUGAGGAGAUUCUUUUAGCGGACGACAACGAGUUAACUCAGUGGGUGCCUCUCAAGAAGAUAGUCAAGUACAGACCUGAGGCUGCCGAGAAAGGAGAUGUUAAAGUAUACAAACAACGAGCCAAUGAUAUACGACUCAAAAGAAACCUACUACCCUCCCUCUACAGGGAUCUGCCCAGUGAGCCUGAAACAGCGGUGGAAGGGACAAAGAAAAAGAAGAAAAAACAAAAACUUGUAAAUGAUAGAAAUGAAAAUAUAGAUUCUGAAUGUGAACACAUAUCUGAAAAUAAUGUAAAUAACAAUGAAGUAAGUAAUAAUGCAACAAAUGAGCAAAAUAUAGAGAAAGCAAAUGGUAAGAAAUCUAAAAAGAAACGUAAGCAAUUAGAACAUCAGGAAAAUAAUGAUGUGUCUAUUGAUGAUUCAAAAAAUGAAGAAGAUGAACAUUUAAUUAACAAAACGAAAAAGAAACGAAAUAUUAAAAAAGAAGACAGCAUAGAUGUACCCAAAUAUUUAAUAACAAAUGAGGUUCAUUUAGAUGAGACAUGUAAUAAAAAUAAGAAAUCUGAGCUUAAAAACAAAGCAAAUUAUUGUUCAUCAUAUGAAAAUUUGUCUAGUGAAGGAAAUGUUCAUGAAGAAAUAAUAACAAAUAAGAAAAAGAUACGUAAAAAUAAAUUGGAAGAGACCAAUGAUUUAAUUAAUAACAAUAAGAGUAACAAGAAGAAUGAAAUAGAGUUAACACAGAAGAAUAAGGCAAAUCAAAAUGGAAAUGUGAAUUUUGAAAAUCAUACAAAUGAAGAGAAGCUAAAAGAUAAACUUAAAAUUAAGAACAGGAAAAAAAUUAAUAAAAUUGAUAAGAAAAACAUAUUGAAAAACAAAAAUAAAUUUAAUAAAAAGAAUAAAUAUAAAGAAAGCAUGUCUACUGAUAAUCCACUCGGCAAACUUUCUGAUGAAAGGCUUAAAGCUUAUGGGUUAAAUCCUAAGAAAUAUAGAGGAUUUUUAAAAUAUAAGAAAUUUUAA